AAUGGUCUAAGUGCAACCCAGGUUCACGCCGAGUUAGGCAUUGCUGAAGGAAGUUGCGCACUAUCAAAACGCACAAUUGAACGUUGGAUUUUGGUAUUCAAUAAUGGAAAUGAAUCCAUCGAAGACAAACCUCGUUCCGGAAAUCUCCGCGAAGCAACCAUCCUUCAAAAAUUGCCAAAAUCAAAGAAUUGGUAA